UGCCGGCGGGAGCUCCGCCACCUGGUUUCAGGUACUUGGAGACAACUUCCUGGACUGCGUGGUCCCCAUGGAUUUGAUGUGCCUGUUCUUCCAUGCAGAUUGCUUUUCUGAGAUGGUUGUAGAAAGGGAAGUGAAAUUGUGCUGCAUUUGUGCACCUGGGGGUUUUGGUCCUAUAUAUCUGAUACUGAUGGAUUUUGUUCCAGUUCCUGUGUGUCCUCUGUAUGCUACCCAGCUGUAAAAGCAUUUGAAGGUCACUAGGAGCCCUGGCUAAUGCUUUUUGACAUAAGUCCUAUAAACAAGCAAUUCUUAAGGUCUACAACUUUUUGGAAAGCAGCAGUGGUGUGAUAGGGGAUACAUUCAGGUUUGCGUUGCUUGUAUUGACACAGCCCUUGUGCUAGAAUUACAGUGGGAAUGCAGGAAUGGGGACUAGGCACUAAAAACCAUUUGUGUACUGGGCUGUAUAUGUUUUGUGGAUGACAGCCUAUACUGACUAUGCUAUUUUCUGGCCUAAUAUGCUAAUUAUUCUAGUCAGUUAAUAGUCUGUCUGUGAUGAUCAUAAAAUGAUCUGGUGGCUGAGAACAGAUCUCUGGAAUUCUUCAGAAGUAGUUCAGGUAAGCUGGGAAGAAUUAACCAAAGCUAAAAUUAAAAUGCACAGAGAGUCAAAGCUUUGUGCUGUCGUUGGGAAAACAGUGAGUGAUGAUGCAUAGGAUUCAGGAAAUCCCAGAACAUGUUGAAACAUUGGUUGAGAACAAACAGGUAAAUUUAGAGAUUCUUUCUCAUGUGGAUCUUGUCAGCUGUUAGUGUGGCCAGAUACAGAUGGGGGUCUCAGCAGGCAUCCACAAUGCACAGUAUGAUUUCAAGAGGCUUUGUGUCCACCAAUGGGGCAGAGCAGAGCAUUUUCAGAGAUCAGCAGAAAGAUUUCAGGAGAGGGCAAUGCGGGAAUUUUGUAAGCACAUUAGCUGCUGGUCAGAGCAAGGAGUGGAACACCAAAGGGGUGCUGAUGUACCUGCUUGGCCAUUAGUCUUGGUGGUUACUGUGUACCUAUGUGACAAAGUGACUUCAUGUAGGAAGUGAGUAGGCAGCAUGAGCUAUCCUGAUGCAUGCUGACGAAAUGAGUUUCAUCUCACCAACAGAUGAUGCUUAAGAGAACUCUAGCAGGAGCUUAUGGCAUUUGUGUAGCUGUUACAGCUACAGGAAGGCAUCUGGAGUCAUACAGUGACUCCGGCUUUCAAAUUCUCCCAGUAAAUAUGUAAAGGAACUAAGAGGUGCAGCAGAUGAGUCACAAAAAGCUCAUUUCUGCAACAUAAUCUUAUCAAUUAACAUUUUCUACCACUGUACCCCUCCCACCACCCUGAAAAGGGGUAAAGUGAACCCAGCUAUUCUCGUACCACAUUGCAUCGUGUGCACACAGGGAGUGCCAAAUAUCAAGGAGGGAAUUCAGAAACUGUUUCCAGUGUAUGAAAGUGCUGUGCUGGGCGCAUUGAGCUAAGGCAGGACUGGAGGAUCCCAUGGAUCUGCAGCACUCAGACCUGUCUUUGGAGCCUAUGAAAUUCAGCUUGCUCCUGCCACACUGGAGAAGAGACCACAGAUAACAAGCCCCAUAGUACAGAGGUGUGUGGUUUGUAAAUCCGUAUGAGCUGGAAGGCUGAUGAUGAAGAGGAAGUUGGUGUGCACAGCACUUUGGUCAAAAUGCAAGUGGAAAGGAGGAGAAUGCUACAUAUGUAAAUUAAUACAUUGUUUAGUUCCCCAAAUUUCCUUGUAACUAUCACACACAGAAGGCUUAGGUAAAAUAGCACCGAAAUAUAUUUCUUGCCUUAUAAGAGACAUUGUAUACCACACAAGAUAGUUAUGUAUAGGUGAACAUGCAAUGCAGAGCAUCAUGUCUCAACAGAGUUUCAGAAAGCAUCAUCAGGACCGUGAGAGUCACACCAGUGAUCCAUAUUUUGGGCCUUGGCUCUGUGGCAGAGCUAUUUUACCUGUGAAGGGCACAAGGCCUCCCAGACCUGACACCUCAGUACCUGAAGUACUGUGUGAGUUUUGAAAUUGGUGAGGCUUUUGAGAGAGACUCGUUGUAUCUGCACACUUUCCUGUCUCUCCCCAAGUUCUCUUUACACUGCCAUAGAAGGAAAUUAGGUUGCUUUGAUGUAAUCUAUUCUUUUUAUGGUGUUUUUUUCUCCCCAUCUUGGCACUUUGAAAUGCUAUGCAAGUAGACAAAAAAUAUAGGCUUAUUAUACAGAUAAUGGCUUCCGCAGCUUAUCACACAAAUCUUCCGUGCCUGCUGUUUUUCAGCUAACAUUUUUUACUUUUCUUUUGUAAUCUGUGUGAGCAGUAAUGUUGUCCCUGCCACUUCUGUACAGCUGACGCCGUAUGAGCUUGAUGCACCCGUAAAGGUGAAGGCUGCAGGCACCCCAGCAGGAUGGAGCAGUCACCAGGACUUUGGCCACCAGGCUGGUUGUGCCUGUGUUGAUCUUGGACAGAGUAUCCUGAAGAGCUCUGCAAGGAGAAGAGACCACAGCAAAGCCCAAGAGAUUGCCAACAGGAGCAGCAGCUUUUCUCAGGAAGGUAAAGUUCUGCACAUCUGGCUGAUAGCAGCUGGAAAUGACCAUUGAGGCAACAGUCUUCACAGGAUGAAGAGACACAAGUGUCCCUGCAAAUGUCCCUCACGAAGGAAAAUCCUGAUCCUGUGUGUUACGGGGUGGCUGAUAGCACUGCUGAAACUCUUCCAUGUUGAAAGACACUUUCUUCCCUCUAAGGACAUUUAUUUGGUUGAGCCCUUCUUAAGCACUUCUUCUUAUGUUAGAAACAGGUAUUCCUACCUAAGAAAUGAGUUCCAGUAUGAAAUUAAUUGCUCAUCUAUAUUUGAACAAGAUCCCCAUGAAAUUGGCAAGAGUUUAGAGAUAAGAAGAAAAGAGAUAAUAGAUUUAACUGAUGAAGAUGUUGUCACAAUGACAAGUGCUUGCCAUGUGUAUCGUUCGCUUAGGAAAUAUGACCUAAAACCUGUUUCUCCAGAGGAGGAGAGUUUUCCAAUUGCCUACUCUUUGGUUGUUCACAAAGAUGCAGUAAUGGUAGAAAGACUCAUACAUUCACUGUACAGUCAUCAAAAUAUUUACUGCAUCCAUUAUGACCAAAAAGCAGCAAAAAGUUUCAAAUCUGCUGUGAACAAUCUAGCUAAAUGUUUCCCCAAUAUUUUCAUUGCAUCGAAAUUGGAGACAGUGGACUAUGCACAUAUUUCACGGCUGCAAGCUGAUUUCAAUUGUUUGUCUGAUUUGAUGGAGUCUCCAGUUCCCUGGAAGUAUGUUAUUAAUUUGUGUGGCCAAGAUUUCCCUUUGAGGUCAAAUUUUGAGUUGGUGGUUGAACUGAAGAAACUCCGUGGAGCAAACAUGCUGGAAACUAUAAAGCCGAGCAGUAGCAAAAAAGAACGAUUUACUUAUCACUAUGAACUUAUGAAAGUGCCUUAUGAAUAUGUGCAGAUGCCUGUAAAAACCAACAUUUCCAAGGAUCUGCCACCUCAUAAUAUCGAGGUAUUUGUAGGCAGUGCCUAUUUUGUUUUAAGCAGAGAAUUUAUUCAAUAUACUCUUAAAAGCUCUCUUGCAAAGGAUUUUUUUGAGUGGUCAAGGGAUACAUACUCUCCAGAUGAACAUUUCUGGGCCACUCUUGUACGUGUUCCUGGGGUCCCUGGGGAAAUUCCAAGGUCGGCCCAGGACAUAACAGACCUACAAAGCAAAACUCGUCUGGUGAAAUGGAAUUAUCUCGAAGAACAUUUGUAUCCUCCCUGCACUGGUACCCACCUUCGCAGUGUUUGCAUCUAUGGGGCUGCAGAAUUAAGAUGGCUUCUGAAAUAUGGGCACUGGUUUGCCAACAAGUUUGACUCCAAAGUGGACCCUGUCCUGGUAAAAUGCUUGGCAGAAAAGCUGGCAGAACAACAGAAAGAGUGGGUAUAUUUGUCGUCUGAUAAAUACUUUCUGCACAUAAAUUCUAUGAAUGCCUCGCUAUAAGCAGCACUGUCUUCCCUGCUUUCAGUACUGUGUGCUGUUAUGGCACAGCACGUGAAGUUCCUCUGCCUUGACCUGCUGCACGAUACGGGCAAGCAGCGUCUGUUCUGCACGAAGGUCAGAGCGCUGGAGAGAGAGGCGCCCAGCCAUUUAUUUAUAAAAAGUCAUGCCUCUCUGACUGACUGUGUUGUAGACUGUCACAGUAAUUCUGUAAUUGUUUUUCAGGGUGAUUCUGGGAGGGUGAUGUUUGCUUUUGGAGGCUCUGGUGCUGUCUGUCCCAAUAGAAUAUUUCAGAGAUGUGUUUUGCAUCAAGAAUGUUUGUGUUUUCCUAGAAACGCCAACACAUCUGCCUGCCUGGUUCGUUUUUCUUUAUUUUUGUUUUUCCUAAAGGUAUGAAACAAAGACCUCUCUAUCUGCUACCUCAGGAAAACUGAAAGUGCCCACCUUAUGAACAAAACCAAAAGGUCAGCAUGACACCAAAUGAGCCAUGUGCCCUCUUCUGAAGUCCCAAACUUCCCAUCUGUGGGAGUUAACAAAGAUCUUUGCAAAGUGAAUAUGACUGGACAAUAUAAAGGAAAGAUCCUUAGAUACCACACUGUCCAUAGCAUUGUUCUCCCAGCGCAUCUGUACAUUGCUUUUCCUUCUGUGAAGCACGUGCUCGGGUACUAUGUCUUGCCUAUGAAACUGGUGGUGGUUGAAACAGAAUUAUGUGCUGUUAUUCUUCAAAGGCUUUUACUUGGCAUGGUUAAACUUCAUAAGGUUGGCAUCAGCCCACCUCACAAGCGUGUCAAGGUCCCUCUGGAUGGCAUUCCUUCCCUCUAGCAUAUCAACAGAACCACACAGCU